AUGGAAGCGAAGGACAACCGUGCCUUCCUCCCGACCACCAUGACCACCACAUCUGCACCUGAAGCUGAACCCCAACCCCGACCCUUUUUGACCAUCACCUCUCUGCGGCCCUCAGAAAUCCCUCCAGAGGAGGAUAUCAUAGCCGAAGGAAUAAAGCUUAUCGAAUCGACUACAACCUGGAAGGCAGGCAAAUCCUUUUUCAAGGACACGGUGAAGACUUGUCACCGUCCGAAGCGACCUGAGGAUGGAGCUCCGUGGCAUUGUCGCGUCAGCGAGCACAAGCCGGAGGAGAUAGGGUUCGAUGCGUUGUGGGACAAGCUAGGAAAGAACAAGGCCCGAAAUGAGAUGCAAUUCAUUCAUGACAUCAAGAAAGUGACUAAAGUGAAGGAGAUAUCGUCGACUGCGACUAUCUGGACCUCAUACUACAUGUUUCCGCCUCCUGUAUCCCCUCGCGUGUUCACCGUCGUCCAAGUUACCCAUGUCUCCGAGAGCAAACCUCGUACUGGGAUUAUUGUCUCGAUCCCAAUCGAUAUAUCAGGCGACGAAGAGCUGCAUGCCUUGGAGGAGAAAGGUAUUAGCGUUGUGAAGGCCCGCUACACAGCCGUCGAGCGCAUCAUAGAGCUCGAAAACGGCAACGUCGAAUGGCGCAUGGCUACCUCGAGCACCCCUGCUGGUCUCAUCCCGACCUUUAUCGCUGAGAGUGCGGUGCCCAAGAAGAUUGCAGCCGACGUCCCCCAGUUUCUGAAAUGGUACCAGAGUCUUGAAUCUAAUAAGUGA